CGUCAAUUUCUUUUUUUAGAAAUAAUAUAAUUUAAUUUUUUUAUGAUCACUUGCAGUUAUUUUUAUGAUAAUUUUUAGUCAUUUUCCUUUUCCGAAAUGAACAAAUACGCAAGAAAGCGAAGUGUUGCAGUGCUAUAUGCCGGAAAGGCAUAUUUUCCGUUUAUUAGAAGUUGAAUAAAAAGGUUAAGAUGCAAUUUUGAAAGCUAAGAUCUUGUAGGGUGACUCAAAACAGAAUUUUAAACAAAUUUAUGCAACAAAAAAAAUCCAUUUUUCUGGACUUGUAUUUAUUCAAGUUAUUAAAGUAUGCAAUGAGAAUUUUGAAGGAAUUUCUAGGUAUUCCAAGGGAUUCCAUAAUCGUAUAAUAUUACUUUUAGUUGUACUUAUUCAAAUAUGUGAUGUGGAAAAACAAUUUGUUUUGUUAAAAUUAUUAUGUUCAGUUAUGAUUCAGUCAUCGCCAACAUUCACGCUUCUGGAAUGGAGAGAAAUUUGUCUUAGUUUCAAGGUAUUUGAGGAACUGAAUUUUGAUGUUUUACGACAAGAAUGUGCUGAAUUACUUCAUUCAUACGCUGAAGUUUUGAAUCAUAUUAUAUUUUCUCAAAGAAGAAAUUGUCCCAAAAUCAACUGUUUAUUUUUAGAAUCAGUUCUUGAGAUAAUUUUCUUACUUUGUCAACAAACUGACUCAGAUUUUUUGGUUCUUAUGGGAGAAAUAACUAAGUCUAGAAAGCUGAAAAUGAAUUCUGAUUAUUCAAUUGAACCAAUGUCUGGAACUGCCAACAAUUACUGUCAAGGUUUAGCAAUUUGGGUGAAUAUUGCUUCACACCUAAUUAGUUCUGCACCAGUUAAACUCAUGAGGAAAUUUGAUUUUAAUAGAUACGUCCAGUAUGUCCCUUCACACAGGGUUCUUUAUAAUCUAUUUGAAGCUUAUUUGUAUAAGAUUAUAGAAGAUCAUGUUAUCAUUACUGGAGUAGAGAACUUGCAAAGAAAUAUUUUAAAUAUUAGAGAAGAAAGUGAAUUAUGGAACCACUUUUUAACUAAUUUAAAAACAUUCUGUCAGGAGUGGACUAAUUUUUCAUUCAGUGGACUAGAGACUGGAUUAGAAGAUGCAUUACAUAUUUUAUCCAUGAUAAAACGUAUCAGAACUUUGCAAGAUAAAUAUCAUUUGAAAUUUAAAUUUUUUGAUGUGAUUACUGAUCAUGAUGCCAUUAUCAACCACAUUUACCAAAAUAUAAGUGAUCGAUCAAAAAAAGAAUUAGUACUUAGUUUAGUAGAACUAGCUGUUUCUCUCGUUUAUAUAAUGGAAGAAAAAAGAUGUUUUAGUUUAAAACUAUAUAAAAUUUUGUUGUGUCCUUUUAUCUCCAAUAUGAGUUCAUGUAUCAGAGCUCGAUGUUUUCAUGGUGUAGUUAAUUUAAUUUUCAUAUUCCGAAAAAGUGUUAAUUUCCCUAUUUCAAAAGUGAUCCCUUUUAUAAAAGAAGCUGUUAAAAAAACAAAGGAUCUUGGAGAUAAGAUUUCUCUUAUUAUCUACCAUACAUUGUUCAAAUCUACCUCCAAUAGUUUCUUGUUACAUACUUUAAAUCUCUUAUUAAACAAAGAAGUUGAUAAUGUUCUUAAAAAUAGUAAUUUAAGGAGUGUUAUACCAUGUUUUCUUUCUGGCUCCUGUGUUUUAGCAAGGGAUUUUAAUUGGGCUCUGAAAUGUACAAAUUGUGAUAUUGUGAGAGAAGAUUCUCAAGUAAAAUUCCAGGAACUAUGUCUUAAUAAAUAUCUGGAUUUAUAUGGUUCCAAAUAUCUUCAGUUGUUAUUAUCUGAACAUACUCCUGUAUUAGAGAAGAAAGAAUUGUUGAUUAAUUUUAAUAGAUAUUUGUUUCACAUACCUUAUUUGAAAUCUAAUAAAGUGCUUGGUAUACUCGUUGAUGCCCUUUGUAAAUUAACUUUUAAUUUGGAAUUUCCUGUUGGGGUAUUUAAGUUUUUGCUUUACAAUCAAGAAAAUAAUUUGGAUUAUCAACAUGUCAAGUUUGUAGUUCAAAAAGUGUUAAUUUUUUCAUUUAAAAAUAUUAAGCAUGAAGGGGAUAAUUGGAAGAAAACCAUAUAUACUUUUAUUUUAGAUAUUGCUCAGUUAUUCAAGUGUUUUAUUCUUUCUGCUGUGAAAAUAUUUUUUUUAUUUUUCACAUUUUCUAAUAUUGAAACAGUAUAUUUAAAAGAAAAACUUGUUGACAUUGCUCAAUUUCAUGGAAUCACAAUGAAGCAGUUAUUGAUCACCUAUGAAGUAGAGCUGAGCCAAUUAUUGGUUGACCUGAUUAUUCAUAAUAUCCAAACCAAAGUAUGUGAUGUUGAGAGUUCAAUAACUUAUUUUUCUUCCAUUUUUGACAUGAGGCCUUUGCCGUUUCUUGAAUUUCGAUGUACUCCUCAUGUAGUGAGCUAUGUAUUGUUGAAUUUUGAGAGACCUCAGAUUGUAUCUUUACUGAAUCAAUUGAGUGGCAUACUGAAGAUAACUCUUAGAGAUGUGUUUUUAAAACAUUUUGCUGUGAUUUUUGCCAAUAUUUACUUCAUUGAGGAGGAAUCGUUGCUUACACAGGCUAUUUUAGUUUUAGAAGAAUAUUGUGAAUGUGAUGUUGAUACACUGAUAUGUCUCAACUAUAAGGAAUUAAUUUGUCUAAUAAUCAUGAAUGCACACAAGCCUCUCAAGGUAUUGCGUUUCUUCCAUUAUCAUAUCCAUCCUAUUCCUGCUUCUAGAAAAUCCGGCGCUGAUACAUUAUUAGACCACAUUGUAGGUUUUUUAACAUUUGUGGAUGUCCAGCUUCUUUCCUCUAACACAUCUUCUUUCCUAAUUAGGUCAUGUUUAAGAGCUAUCCCUAAUUUAAUUCAGGUUCUUGGUGAUGUGAAUGUUACUAAUAUAAGUUUUAAACUACUUACAACAUUAAGGACAGGACUUCCUCGUCAUUAUCAUUUAUAUCCAAAAUUAUGCCUAGAAGCUUGGAUGUAUUUCUUAUAUUGUAUUAAUCCAGUAUUUUUGGGCCCUCAUUUACCGACUGUUGUAUCAUUACUUACUCCAUUAUUUGUAAAAUUUCCUACUGAUGUUAGUAGUUUAUUAUACUAUCUCAUUGUUAAGAAAGGCUAUCUAUAUAAUGAAUACAUCCCAGGGCUAUACUUUAUCCAAGAUUCAACUGUGCCUAAAAUGCAUGAAGUUUGGUUAGCUAUUCAAUCUGCAAUAAAAUCGAAUGAAAUGAUUGACUUGAUUCAAAAUACACUGAAACAUGUUAGGAAUGAGGGUGUGGAUUCAAGAAUUCAUUAUUUAAAAUUUCUGCAUGAACAAGUUAGAGAUAAUCGGUGUGAACUAUUGAAAAUCAUUCAUAGAGCAGAUCGUCUUACACCAGUUAUUCGUGAUAUCAUUGACUGUUUAAUGAUUAAUAUUCAAUAUGGAAAUUUAGAAGUUAAAUUAACUUGUGGACAUUGCCUUGGUGUGAUGGGUGCUAUAAAUCCAGCAAGGAUUGGUUAUGAUUAUAACCACUGUUCCCAAAGGAAGUGCUAUGUUGUUGAAACUGAGGACUUCGCUUAUUUUAUCAUACUCGAAUUAACAAACAGUUUGCAGAAAUCUGAAAAUUCAUAUGCAUUCAAUAUCAUUGCUAGUUCCAUUCAGGAACUCUUGAAACUGUAUUUUCCUAAUAAAAAUAUAGAAAGAAUAGAGAAAUUCUUUAAGCGAUUUCCUUCAAAUGAACGUGACAUCCUUAAGUCAUUAUUGAGUACAAGAUACAUUUUUAUUGAACCUGUAUUAAUUAAAAGAGAUGUUUCUAAAAUUGGUUCCAAUAAUUGUAAAACGACCUUUGAGUGGGCUUGUUCUUGGACAUCUGAGCUUAUAACUUUUAUUCCCACAGAAAAUUUUUGUGCAAAAGUUUUCAGAAUCUGUUUUCCCAGUAUUCAGUUAGAUUUCCAAGCCCUUGAAGCAUUACUACCUCAUAUUUUGAUCCAUUCUAUACAGUUAUCCAAACUAACUGAUCUAAUUUUUAUUGAAAUGGAAAUAAAAUAUAUACUUAAUUCGGAUGCUCCUGAUUUUUAUUUGCCAUCUCAAAAAAAUAUCACUAAAGGUCAAUCCAAGAACUAUGGUGGUGUUUCAAAUUCUAACAUCAGAGAGGGAAGAUGUGUAGCUAUUAUUCUUGAUCUUAUUGAUUUUCUUUACAUUGCACGUAGUGUGCUGGAAGAUGGCAUAAUUGAUAGUGAUUAUUCUUCUAAUAUGAUGCGCCUUACAAGUUUUUUACAUAGGUUUUCUCCAUUGUCUUUGUCACUGAAAUCUUAUAUUCUACAAGAUUAUUGUCGGUCUCUAUUUUAUUUUGAAAGGGGGUUCUCUGAUUCCAGUCAUACUGAUAUAGCUCCUUUAAGAUACAUCUAUGCCAAGCUCAAUGACUCAGAUGGUCUUUUUGGUGUAAUAAGGACUUCUAAAAGUAUUCCAACUGUUGAAAAGAGUUUAUUAAGCUAUGUUGUGCAUGGAAAUUUGCAGGAUGCAGUAUCUAGUUAUGAAAAAUUAUCUGCCUCUCUUAACAGUACUGAAUGCUCACGUGCAUUAAUCCAAGCCUAUCUUAGUAUGAAUAAGCCCCAAAUUGCCAAAGAUCUUUGCUAUGGUGUUCUUCAACAAAACCGUUAUGUAUUACCAACGCUAUGCAAUGAACAAGCUGAAGUACUGCUGAGGAAUUUUCAGUUUGAUGAAGUAAAUGAUCUGUUGAAAAUGUUCAAUGAUGAUAUAAAGAAUAAUUGGUGUUGGGGUGUAGAUCUAGCAAUUAUGCAAGGAGAUCUAUUUUCAUGGAGGGCCCAAAAAAUGGAAGACAAAAUUCAUUGUGUUCGACAGCACAUUGUGGAAAAUUUAUCAGCUAUAAGUAAUACUACCCUUGGGGCUUACAGACAAGGGUUCAACCAUAUACUAAAACUCCAAGAAUUAGAUGAACUUGAAAAAUUUGCACGGCUAUUUAAAAUUCUUCAUCAGCCAGAUGUUUGUAUUAGAGACAUAAACAAUUUUUUUGAUGGUAUUGACACAGAUUUGACCCUUGAUUUAUUACCAGUUCAUGGAUAUCAUACGGAAAGUGCUUUAAACCGAUGGCAACACAUAUUAUUAGCCAUACAACGUUUUGUUAAACCUUUAGCCCUUGAGUUUGAUGAAAUAAUUAGAAAUCAGCUCGGAAAAAUAUAUUUGAAAGCUGUAAAAAUUGCUAGAAAGAGUGGAAAUUUACAAAUUGCCAACUCAUAUAUGGCUUUAGCUGAAAAAUUUGCUACAUCUGGUUUGUUUAUUGAAAAUGCUAAGUUGCACAGAGCCAAGAUGGAAACUAACACUGCAGUGUUAAUCUUAAUGCAAGGCAUAAAGGAAUUUAUUCCUGAUAAUAGUACACUUAUCAAUUUAGAAUUAAAAAAUCGCAUCUUAUGUGCUAAGGCAAAGAAUUUAAUUGCUCGCUAUAAUGAAGAAAGUGUACAUGUUGAUUUUGGUGAAGUUUAUGAAAACUAUAUUGAUGCAGCUAAUACUUUUCCUUCUGAAAAAAAUUUUUUUUACUUAGCUCAGUGCUUAUAUAAUGUUCAUAUAUCAGAAACUCAACCUGAUUCCAAAUCAGCUAAAAGGGAUAAUCAAGUAAAUGCUGUUUUAUAUUUUGGUCAAUCAUUGAAGUAUGGCUGCAAAUAUAUUUACAAAAGCAUGUUCUGUAUGAUUAGUUUGUGGCUAGAUUUUGGCAUGCGUUUACAUGAACAAAAACAAAUCAUGAAGACUGGGCCAAAAGACUUUGUGAAUGCCCUUGAAUCUACCAUGGAUAAAUUUAAUGAAGUAAUGGAAAAACAUUUCAAUAUGCUUCCGAAGUAUGUAUUUAUGGCUGUUUUUUCUCAAUUAAUAUCUCGAAUUAGCCAUCCUGAACCUAAAGGAAAAGCAUUGCUCCACAAAAUGGUUUCGAUUUUAGCUAUAGCAUAUCCUCAGCAAGCUUUUUGGAUGAUGGCUUCUUUUUGGAAGAUGUCUGAUGCAGACCAUAAGAAAUGUAAAGAAGAUCUAAUAAAGUUAAUUAAGACUGAAAAACCAGAUCUUCUGACAUUCUAUACAAAUUUUAUAGAACUUAUUGAUGUUAUAAUCAAUAUUUGUAACAAAAAAGUUCCUGCUGAGAGAUCACUCCUUCCAUUAAAAUCGAUUUCUCAGAAGAUAAAAUUGAUUAUUGGAAAAAAUAGCAUAAUGAUUCCUUCUCAAAAAUUCCGGACUAUAUGCCUUCCAAAUAGUAAACAUUUUGAAAAUGAUGUUGGAUUAAUCACACACAACGCUUUUCCUUUAGACCUGGUUUAUUUUGCCGAUGUUGAAAACUCUGUUCAGUUGUUGAAUUCUCUGCAAAGGCCUAAAAAAUUGACAUUUAUCGGAUCUGAUGGGUUAAGAUAUCCAUUUAUGUGUAAACCAAUGGAUGAUUUACAUCUUGAUGCAAGAAUGAUGGAAUUCAGUUCAGUUAUUAAUAUGUAUUUAAAGAGGCUUCCAUCUUCGUGUGAUAGAAAUCUUCACAUAAGAACUUAUAGUGUUGUGCCAAUUACUCAUGAAUGUGGCCUCAUCGAAUGGUUGCCAAACCUUUGUGGAUACAGAACUAUUUUGAUGGUUACAUACAAAAAAAGAGGUUAUAAAAUGACUCAUAGCGAGAUAAAAGCCAAACUAGACAAAUGUAAAUCUGUAGAAUCAAGGAUAGAGCUUUUUAAUAAAGAGUUAUUUCCGGCACAUCCUCCUGUGCUGGAUAAGUGGUUUUUUUUGCAGUUUUCCAGUCCUGACUCAUGGUAUGUUGCCAGAUUGGCUUUUAUAAGAACUGCUGCUGUAAUGUCAGUUGUUGGAUAUGCAGUUGGACUUGGUGAUAGACAUGGUGAAAAUAUACUGAUUGAUACAACAAAUGGAGACCUCGUCCAUGUUGAUUUUAACUGUUUAUUUAACAAAGCUCAAACGUUUAGUUGUCCUGAGAAAGUGCCAUUUCGAUUAACUCAAAAUAUGGUAAAAGCUAUGGGAUCAACUGGUAUUGAAGGUCAUUUUGUGAAGUCUUGUGAAAUCACAAAUUGUGUUAUGAGAAUACAUUCUGAUCAACUGAUGUGUGUACUGAAACCAUUUCUAUAUGAUCCAAGACUUCAGAAAAAAACAACAGAACGUGAAAAGACUAAAUAUGAAAUCAGUGUUGUUCAAAAGAAACUAGCUGGAGCUGUCAUCACUCUAGAAAAGAAGACAAAGGGCUUGUCGGUUGAAGGACAAGUAAGGUCACUUGUUUCUGAAGCUACUGAUAUCCGUAACUUGUGUCAAAUGUUUCAUGGGUGGGCAGCGUAUUUGUAAACCAUCAGUCUCAUCAUAGAUAUUGACAGGUUUACUAAAUAUUGGGGUCAAAUAUUUGCUAUAUACCCUUGCUUGUUUUCAUGAUUUAGAGAAAUAAAACACUUAUCAUAUAUUUUCUUAACAAUUGCUAUUUAAAAUAUUUGAAUUACCUGUGUAAAAUUAUCAAUUAAUGGCUGUGAUUAUAUGUUUUAAUUUGUUUUGUAUUAAUUCACUUUGUACCUUUAAGAAAUUUGUGUGAUGACUUAGUUUGUUUUAUAAAGAAAUAAAAUAUAAAUAAUGCAUGUGAUGUAUUUUUGUAAUAAUUUAGAAAUAAAAUGAUUUUGGAAUUUAA